CAUGGUCUUCCUAAUAAUCCUCAAAUUCUUUCAUCAAAACUUUCCUAUUUAAAGAUAAUUUAAAUUCACCACUCAAUUUUUGAAACCUAAAACUGAGCAUCACUAUUUCACUUGUGUCCUUUUCUUCCUCUCAAAAUCACUCUCUCCUGAUCUCCUCCAUAGAGGAAGGUCAUGAUCUUGAUCUUGUUUGCCCCCUUCAGGUCAUGAUCUUUUACCUCAUCAUUAUCCUUUGAGAAUUUCUGUCUAAACCUGGACAAGCACAAAGUAGCAUUUUUUGUUUUUGUUUUUACAAUUAACAAAAAAGAAAACAAAGAUAUGGCAAAGAGAUCAUUUAAGUGUUUUGUGGAACAAGAAUUUGGAAAGUUCCCAUAUUUCGUGAUUUAUGCUGCUCUUGAAUGGGUGUUGAUAAUUAUACUUUUCAUUGAUGGGUUUCUUGCAUUUGCUGCCAAUGAGUUUGCCAAGUUCUUUGAAUUGAGACUUCCUUGCUUGUUUUGUACAAGGCUUGAUCAUUAUCUUGUUCAUAGAAAUUCUGAUUUUUAUUACAAUGAAUCCAUUUGUGAGAAUCACAAGAAAGAUGCGUCAUCCCUUGCUUAUUGCCAUGUUCAUAGGAAGCUCUCUGAUGUAAGGGAGAUGUGUGAUGGGUGUCUCCUUUCGUUUGCUACAGGGAAAGUUUCUGACUGUGAUACCUAUAAAUCUCUUGUUGCGAUUUUGCAUAAGGAUGUUGAACUGCUUCUCGAUGAUGAAUAUGAAAUUCAGUUGACACUUCCUUCUUCCAAGAAGGAUGAGUUGAUAAGGGAGAAGAGCAAUUUCAAAUGCUGUUCUUGCUGCGGGGAGCCUUUGAAAGUUAGAUACCAUUCUAAACCCAAAAAUAUUGCGCUCAAUUCAAUGGCUCCUGCUCCUACUCCGCGAUCACCAUUCAUCACUUUGAGAGACGACGAGUCUCGCCAGUUUGAUUUGCCCCACAUUCAAUACACAGAACUCAAGCUUGUCUCAGAUAAUGGAUCAGAGGUUCCAGAUGAUACUUCGACUCUCAAUAGGCAAUUAAGGGAAGAAGUCAAAGCUACUACUGUUCCAUUGCUGAUUGAUUCUGAAGAUUUUAAUGAAGAUAGAGCUAUCAGAGGAAAUAAAUUCUUUGGAAUCCCACUGUCAGAUUCCAGUCCUAACUUUAGCACAAGGCUUCAACGAAAAUUGCCAUUUGAGAAAACAGAUGAUUCGAAAGAGUUAACAGAGGGGCAUGGAUCAAAUGAAGCAUAUGGCGACUCCAUUUUGCAGCAAUUUAAUAGACAUCUUCGCUUGGAUCACAAGUCACUGAUGGCUCUGUACAUGGAAUUGGAUGAAGAAAGAAGUGCUUCUGCCGUUGCAGCUAACAAUGCAAUGGCCAUGAUUACCAGGUUGCAGGCAGAGAAAGCAGCUGUUCAGAUGGAUGCCUUACAAUAUCAGAGGAUGACGGAGGAGGAGGCAGAGUAUGACCAGGAAGCUCUGCAAAGAACCAGGGAUUUACUCUCAAAGAGGGAGGAAGAAAUUAAAGAAUUAGAGGCCGAGCUUGAUGCUUAUAGAAUAAGACAUGGUUGCUUAGACAAGGAUUACCAAGAAUCAAAAUCUGAAUGUAGUAGAUCACUUGAUGGUUUUCUUGAAGUAUCGUCCUUCAAUGACCAUUCUGAAUCACUGAGGGAUGAUAAUGAAGGAACAACUGAUGAAAAUUUACAGCAAUCCUAAAGCCUGGGGCCUGUCAUAAGCCUAGAGAAGAAAGAUCACUUCUCUUUAUCCCUUCCUCAGAAUCUUAGCUGCCAGAGUUAUCCAUACAAAAAAGACAGGUAACAAUGUACAUACCAUUUUACUUGACAUCAUGACAGAUUAGUAAUUGUAAGAUGUGUUUUGCCAAAAAUAAGAUCUUUGUUCCGGAUCUUAAAAUUCUUAUUGACUUUUGUUUGAUAAACUAUCAAAGAUCUUCCCUCACCAGUUACAUGAAUCUUCCAAUGGCUAUGGUCAAUUGCGUGAUCAACUGAAAACUUGUUUAAUUUUCAUAUUUUCUAAUGCAGGAAAAGAAAUAGUAUUAAGGUUAGGUUGAUUUCUCCAGUGAACUUAUAUUAGUGAUUUCAGUGAUCAUUGGAAAUAUAGUGAAGUCUAGUGUGAACUUACACAAUCACCUGGAUGACAGAACACAGACACAAUGAUCUAAAGGUUAUACAUAUAAUUACCUCCACUAGGAUAUCCUUUCUCCAAGCUUCAAAACAUGAAGAGCAGCUUGACUGACUUUUUUGUGUUGCUUAAAGGGUGCCAGGAGAUCAUCUUGAAGAUGCCAUGGGAGGUAGAGAAGGCCACACAGAAAUCUUCAAAAGUGAGGAACAAACCGCAGAGUGGAAAUACAGACACCCCAGAAAAAGUUGGUGCUUUGAACGAAAAUGGUGUCUUUUACCAGAAUUUUGUAUCAUGUAUGUCUUGCCUUUCUUUUGUUCUGUUUAGAGAUGAAAUUUCCAUGAUGAGCUAGACUAUCAUUCAGCAUGUUAGCAGAUCAUUUUCUAAUAAAAUAAAUUGUAAAAAUUGAAAAAGAUCAGUUGUUUAUAACCAGAUCUGUUGAACGACAGAAACCAAAACUUUUUCGUUUUAUCUAA